AUGGACGAGAGAGCUGCCAAAGCGGAACGCGCGCGCAAACAGCUACGUCGUCAUCGAGAGGCACAGCGUCGUAAGCGCGAAGAAGAAGAGGUGGCGGCAGCAGCAGCCACGGCCGCGACAUCGGUCGUCUCUGCUCCCGCUGCGACGGAAACAGAGCAAGCCAAUGACGUCCCACCCCUCCCACCAACUGAGACGACAGCCGAGGAUGAACCAUCCACGCAGGCUUAUGCCUCGGAUCUAUGGUCAUCGUACCAAGACACCCAUACCACUGAGACAUGGUCGUUCGACCAACUCGAUCCAGCCGAUCCAUCGGAUGACCCAGACACAGUCCCUGCCGUGGCAAUUACACAGGCCGCACCACCUAAGCCUCCUACGGACGAACAAACCGAGGCACCUGCGGCGAACGAGCUUUUCUCAGCCGAUACAUACGAAUGGGAUGUAGGCGAGGACGCCUCGGCAGCGGCGCCUUCCACAUCGACGGCGACUGAAAUGCCAGAUGAAAAUCCGGUACUGUGGCUGGGAGCUACGCCUACAAGAGCGCAUACGUCGCAAGCGCACUUUAUGACGAAUUUGUAUGCGCCCAGCCCGAAACGAGCUAGUUCGAUUAACAACUUUGCCGAGGAUUUUGAGAAGCACAUGCACAUGCAAUCGUCGGAGAACUUGGUACCUGAAGAGCCAGCUGCCUCGUCCUUGUUUGAUACAGGGGACGAGGCAUAUUCGGAGCAUGCGACUGUGUACGAAUAUACACCCAAGCAAGGGUUUGAUGAGACGAAUGCCUACGGCUUUACAGAGCCAUCUGAAUACGAUGCGUACUACGACCAGGCAGGGCACGAGUACGACUAUGACCCUGCGGCGUACGAAGCGUAUCCGGCGGACGCUGAAGAUCCUGGCUAUGCCUACCCUACUGAGGAAGAGUAUACUUACGAAGCCGCGCCGCCCACAGAGGAGGCUGCGUCUGUGGAGCAAGCCUAUACGUAUGAUGACGGGCCGCCCGCAGAGGAGGCUGCGCUCGUCGACGAAGCCUAUGCGUAUGAUGAAGGGCCGCCCGCGGAAGAGGCUGAGCCUGUGGAGGAAGCCUAUGCGUAUGAUGCCGCUGCCUCCACGAAAGAGGCCGAGCCUGUGGAGCCAGAAGCAGCUCCGAUGACCUACGAUGUGCCGCCCGUGGAGGAAGAGGCGGCUCCAACUACCGAUCCCUAUGCCCCUCCGCAAGAAAGGACGCACGACGAUGCGGUAUUGCCCGCUGAGAACUUGUUCGAGGCAUCGGGAGCGACCUCGGAGGCUUUUGCCUUGGACGAUCCAGAGGCGUCAGAGGCACUCCCAGGGAUGGAGCAGGAGGACGCAGGGCCUACAUCCUGGACCCUGCCGAAGGCAGAAGCGGAGGCGGGGGCAGAUACGACGGUGCAUGAGCAUGACGAUAUGCCUGGCACCGAGAUGAGUCCUAUUCCCGAAGAGCCUGCGGACACAUCAAAGGAGGUGCGUUGUGCCGAAUUGGAGGAAGAGAAUGCGCAAUUGCGUGCUCGCGUUCAGGCGCUGACGGAGCAAGUAGCACGGAUGGAACGUGACUUUGCGACGACACUCGAUCAACUCGUCCAUGACCACGACCAAAAGAUGGCAGCGAUGCGGCAGGAGCGGGCUGCAGCAACAGCCGAGGCAGCUCGCUUGCCGUCCAAAGUCCUGCCGCGAGUGCAUAAGCGCAGUGCGACUACUACGCUUUCGAUUGUACAAGACCAGACGCACCGCCGCGUCGCGAGUGCCGUCCAUGAGGCGCAUGAGGCGCAUCGUGCCCAUCCCAAUCAGUUCUCGCAAGAUGCCCUGCUGUUUUGCUCCUGCUGCCGCGGCGACUUUAUUGUGGUAUAG